UGCGAACAUUUUGAUAUUUUACUAAUUAAUUACAUACAAAUGGAAUCUGGUUUAUUUAGAUGAGUGUCUGAUGAGCGCCAGAUUUAACGAGUCGUUAACCGGGCAGAGGCGUUAUGACUAAACCGUGUUUAACUUAGAUCCUCUCCGCUGCUGUCAGAAAAGAAAAGGUUCCAGCAGGGCUUGGUCUCACGCACGGCGGUUACACAGUGCGGGAAAUUAACGUUAACUCCACCGCCCCUUCCUCAACGGAUCUUUACAACGGCUGCCUGUUCACUCAGUCAUGUGAUUGUAACGUAAAACCCCUAACCGGAAAACACCGACGGACGGACGACCCCACUCCGCCGCCAACGAAUGCAGCAUUUACAAGGAACACAGUUGAAGCUGCAGCGAGCGAGGCGCAGAGCGGAAGGACGAGUCUCCGGUAACAAACGAAACGACGGCGACAACAAACGGAAAAACAGCGCGCGCAGGUUGAAGAAUGGAGUUGGCCAACCAUGGUCUUAUCCUGCUGCAACAGCUUAACGCUCAGAGGGAGUUUGGUUUCCUGUGUGACUGCACCGUGGCUAUAGGAGAUGUCUUCUUCAAAGCCCACAAAGCUGUCCUCGCUGCGUUCUCCAACUACUUCAGGAUGCUGUUUAUUCACCAGGACAGUGACUGUGUGCGCCUGAAGGCUGCUGAUAUACAGCCAGACAUCUUCAGCUACCUCCUCAACCUGAUGUACACAGGCAAGCUGGCCCCCCAGCUGAUAGACCCUGCCAGGCUUGAGCAGGGGGUCAGGUUUCUGCACGCCUACCCCCUCUUGCAGGAGGCCAGCCAGUCGGCGUACAACCACCCUGAACAGAACAUCAACCUGUCCACUUCUCUCUACGGCAUCCAGAUCUCCGACCAACAGGUGGCGCUGUCGGCCAGAGUGCCCACUCGACGGCAGCUCUCCUCUCCUUUCGAUGUGGAGCAGGUCAGCUCAGAAGGAAAGUUUCCGUCCACAGCUUCAGUCCCAAAUUCUGUCACGUCCCAGCAGGUGUCCUCACCCCCUGAAGUGCAGACCUCAACCAGCAGAGCUAAGUCUUCUCUUGAGGAGAUGGACUUUCUAAGCGCCAAUGGUUCCUCAGCCGGUGCCAUUCUUCAUGUGAAGCCCAGCAUAAUGAAGAGGAACUCCUCCUUCAGGAAGCAUUACUCGUGCCACUUGUGCAAGAGCAGAUUCACCCAGAGGAGUCUGCUGAGAGAGCAUCUCCUGCAGCACACCCAGACUCUCCGGCAGCCACCAGCCGAGCCCAGCAAGGCGCUCUCACCUGUCGUUAUGGGAGAGCACGCCGCGUUAGCAGAGGGGGUCCUGAAGGGAUCAGGUGCACCGGUGGAGAUCAUCAGUGACAGUGAGCAAACUCCCGUUUCAGGUACCAACUCUGACUCUCCCCAGGCAGAGGCGUCCACUCCUACCUGGGGAGUGGGAGGGUUAAGUUCUCAGGCAGACACUCCACCCCCGGCAGAUAUCGCAGACAUUGACAACCUGGAAAAUGCUGACCUGGAUCGGGAGGUAAAGCGAAGGAAGUACGAGUGCUCCACCUGUGGCCGUAAAUUCAUACAGAAGAGCCACUGGCGAGAACACAUGUACAUCCACACGGGGAAACCCUUCAAAUGCAGCGCUUGUGGGAAGAGCUUCUGCCGCGCCAACCAGGCAGCUCGCCACGUGUGCCUGAACCAGGGUGCCGACUCCUACACCAUGGUGGACCGGCAGAGCAUGGAGCUGUGCGCCGCCGGAGAGGACAACAGCCAAAUGGAAGCCAUGUUUCUGGGCUCGUCGAAGCCAUACAAAUGUAAUAUUUGUGCGACGACCUUCUCCAGCCCGAGCGAGGUGAUCAAACACCUGUGCUUCUCUCAAGGAGGACUAGUCGGGCUGCAGGGAGACGCAGGAGCAGGCUCGCUGCUGCAGCAAGAAGAAUUUUCCAAAGAUGAAGGCUCAGAUUUGUCCAACUCCGGCACACCACUAGAACCAAUAAAAACUGAGGAAAUCCUUGUGGAAUAGUUCCAGAUCUGUGUUUCCAUCUAUUGCUGUAGGUAAGCAAAACAUGAAGUUUGUCGGGGCGUGUUUUAGGGAUUCUCAAUCUAAUUAAACCUUGUUUUUACGAUGAAGUGCUUUAAAUAUUUAGGCCCGUUAGAGCUAAAUCAGCAGCCUGAUGCUGUUUCUAUACAAUCAGAAGGUCAUCUGGACAUUUUGUUGAAGUUAAAUAUCAUAUGCUCUGUGUCUGAGUCUUGUGGUGAAGCUGCACAUGCAUUAGUUCAGAGGAAGAGGAAGCAGAAGCGUCAAAGGAGGAAACAAGAUGUCCGACUGGCUGGCUGCAUUAGAUCCGUAAAGGUGAAACAGCAGCAAAGUUCCAGCGGUUCUUCUUUCUGCAGUUCUUCAAAAAGCUGAUGAAGCACAUCAGGGACAGAAAACGAGCAGAAGCACAAAAUCCCCGAGACAAUCGGCGACACUCGAAAUGCAUCUGAAUUCAUUUGUCUUCCUUUGGUCUCUGCAGAAUCAAUACGUUGAUUUGUGAAGUCAAAAGCAUUUACUGCACCUUCCUCAGCAGAAACGUGGGUGUUUUAUUUUGGUUUGCUCCAUGUGCUAAAUGUUGGGUCAUUCCGUCGCAAAGCUAACCCCAACCCUUCAUUUGUGCUUGUGGAGGAUGCUGCAUACUGUAAAUGUUUGUUUUUAGAGUUGGAGCCACGCAAUCCUCCGUCCUGUAAAAUAUUAUAAAUCACACGUUCUGUUUUUAAUCGUUUGUUUGGAUCUGUUCUUAACAUCUUACUGUUUUUCUAGUUUUCUACACAGUGCUAUAUUCAUCACAGAAACAUAUUUCAAAGGUUUUAGUAAAAUGAUAGUGUGGUAAAAAUAGGAAUUAAUUAACAAUUCAUGUGUCCUGAGUAAUAUUUUAAUGAAGUCUUUGGGGUGUUUUUAGUUCUUGCCAAAUUUGUGUUAACUUGUAACCUACUUAUUCAUUUUGUAUAAAGGGAACUUUUGUCUCUAUUCUGAGGAUUUAUUUUUAUUUUUUGCAUUUAAAUGUUUUUAUGCUCAGCUCAUACCAAAAUAAGUUGGUAAUGAAUUAAUGAAUUCAGAUUUGUAGAAACUAAAAUCAAUAUAAUUGCAGUUUCCUUCAUCAGGAAUUGCUGCUGACAAAAAUAUCAUUUAUUUGGAAAAAAAGUCAAGAUUUCUCUUCUGUUUGCUGCUGAAUUCAUGAGAUGUUUUAAUUGUGAACAAGAACAAUAAAUAUGAAGCUCAGAAAUUGUUCACUUGUGUAACUGAACUAUUAAAACACCAGUCAGAAUCUGUGCUGCACAGAAAAACACAAGCUGUUCUGUUUUUCCCUCGCCCCUUCAUUAUAUUUUGAUUUAAUAAUGUUCUAAAUUAAUGCAAAUUUGGAAAAAAUUGUGUGUUUCUAAAUGAAAAAAGUUUUUUCACCUGCAUAUACUUUUUUUUUACAUUUUCAAUUAUUUCGCAUAAUUAGAUCAGAUGAUGUUCGCCCAUUUUGUCACUAGAUGGCGCUGUUUCUCUUUGCUAUCCACUCCAGUCCAGGGAGAGCUAAAAUUGCCAGAUUAAACCAGUUUCCCUGGAAUUUGUGUCACAUCCAGAUACCCCAAAACAAAGAGUGAUGUGAAAAUCCUCCCUCAAGCUGAGCUUUCUGGUUCGUGACUAUUUAAUAACUCGUCUGUUUUGUGUUUUACGAACAGGCGAAUGUCUCAGGAAGACACAUUUGCUCUCACUGUCCACUCAGAAAAACAAAAGUGCACACUUGUUCCGUUGGUCGUCUACUGUGACUGAUCUGUGUUCUCAGGAAUGUAAUGUAACUGAACUUUUCUUUUAAUUAAAAACAUCUUUAUACAACAAGA